UGUUAUUAUUAUCACUUGAUGCCGGUCACUGUCUUUGGCCUCCCUGAUAGCGCCCACCGUGAAGAAAAUACCUGUUGGUGACGUCACCAGGUGAAGUUAAGUGCAGUAUACGGCAAACAACGUACGGACAACAAGCGAGAAUGGUCGCAAAAACGCGAGUUAGAAUUUGCAGUGAAUAAAACAUUAUAAGUACCUAAUAAAAAUGAAUGCUACCUAAGUGUUAACAAUUGGUUUAAAUUUGAAAGUGAUUUUGGAGCGACGAAAUGGACGAGAUCUCGGUGGUAAUUCAGGAUAGAAGCAAUUUCACUGACAGCACAUGGUGGUUACAACUUCUGGAACCCGAUGGAGCGCCGCCAAUACCUCUAGACAGUACCGAAGGUGGACUGUGGUCGGGGAAUUUCGUGCCGCCGCCACCGAGACCCGUCUAUUUAGAGGAAGGUGUCAGUACCGACGGCUUAACCACUUGCGACCUAUGCUCUUGGGCUUGGAAAAACACCAGAAGUCUUGCAACCGACAAUAUAACGUUAGAAUUACAGGUGCCGCAACAAAAGUGGAAUGGGUCGUUACGUUAGUCGUAGUUUCUUUAAUAUCUGCGGUUGUUGGAGCAGCUGUAAUGGUUACAGUGUUGUAUUGUCGAAGAAUUAAAAAUACAGUCGCAAACGAUGAUGGCAGCGGAGUUCAAAGGCCCCCCAUAGCAACACCAGACGACAAAGUGAUAUCACUUACACAUUCAAAUUUAAACAGCCAAUCAAAAGGAAUAUGGUCUUGUAUAUUUAGAAACGUCACAAGUACAACACAAUUAGACGCACCUCCGGCUUCAUCCACCGAAAACCACUACACUCACAUGGAUGAAGCGUAUAAUUCGACAGACGAAGCGCUUUACGCCGAACUGGACCGAUACAGCACCAACAGCCCUGCCUACCAAAAUACAGGUUACACAGAUCCGGACGUUCCGUCGUCCAGUGCACCGAGCAGCGCUUAUUAUUCCGAUCUCUCUGUAAACACAGUGAACGAUCGUACUUACGAAAUUGUCGGAUUGGCUACCACAACCGACUGGGAAAUAAAUGACCCACAACGGAAAUCGGCGGUAAAACUUAGUUCUAUAAGUGAAACCGUUACUGUUCCUUCAGAUUAUGUGUAAAUUUGUUAUUUGUUAUAAAAAUUG